AGAUAUAUUUUGACUGCUGUCGCUCAGUGCGGAUCAACGAUAUACUCAAUAAUGUACAGUGCAUUCUUAUGACCAGUAUCCACACUGUUAUUUGCAAUAUAUGCAAUAAUGCAUAGUGCACUUUAUGUCCACUUUAUGUUGUGUUUACUGUGCAUAUGAUAAUACAUUUGUGGAAUCUUGAAUACUGAGCAAAAUCGAAAUGUAAAUAGUCCACAGAGUUUAGCCAUUGUACUAAAUAUAACUUGUCUCUUAAGGAAACUAAUUGGAUGUUUCCUCCAAAAUGGAUAUUGCCGAAAACACUGAGAAGUAUCCUGAACAGCCACAACUGCCUGGCUCACCCAACGUGUUAAUGAAAAGUGAUGCUUCCAUGGAGGGUCGUCAUGACUUCUGCAAAGAAACAGCUGAUAGCUCAGGUACAUUUGAGAAAUCAGACCUGUCUGCCUUAUCCUGUGUAUCUAUGAAGAGUGAUGCUUCCAUGGAGGGUCGUCAUGACUUCUGCAAAGAAGCAGCUGAUCGAGAUGAACACAACUCUUCAGAAUCAACAGAGAUGGACGCACAUGCCAUAUUUAAGCUGGUGGAUGAUCAGAGCAUGCAUAUUUUGCACAGUGAGCUCAGAAGGUAUAAAAAGAUUCUCUUUCCACCUCUGUCACAAUCUUCUGAGAGUGAAAAUCAGGAUCAGGACAGACUGACUACUGAUGAUAAAAAGGAAGACAGCAGUGCCAGUGAGGGUGCUCUGAAGAUUACACUAUAUGUCUUAAGGGACAUUGGCCAAAGAGAGCUUGCUAACCAACUGGAGAGAUACAUUUACGGUGAACUUGAUGUCUGCCAACGCAAAGUCAGAGUCAGAUUGAAAAAGUAUGAAUACAUAUACGAGGGAGCAGCAAAGCAAGGAAACCAGACACUUCUCAAGAAGGUGUACACCGAGCUCUACAUCACAGAGGGAUUCAGCGGAACUGUGAAUGAUGAACAUGAGGUCAGGCAGGUUGAGGCUGCAAUCAGGAGGCAAGCAGCAGAAGACAAGCCCAUCAAGUGUGAAGACAUCUUCAAGCCCCUCCUUGGUCAAGACAAGUUCAUCAGAACCGUCCUGACCAGAGGAAUUGCUGGCAUUGGAAAAACUAUCUCUGUACAGAAGUUCAAUCUGGAAUGGGCAGAGGGAAGGGUUAACCAGGAUAUCCAACUCCUAAUUAAUCUUCCAUUUCGGGAGCUGAAUCUGAUGAAGGAGAGAAAGUACACGCUGAUACAGCUUCUUCAUCAUUUUCUUCCAGAGGCAAAAGAAUCAGGGAUUUCAAAUUUUGACAAGUACAAGCUUGUGCUGAUAUUCGAUGGGUUGGAUGAGUGCCGUCUUCCUCUGGACUUUGCCCACAAUGAGCCCUGCAGCAGCAUCUCAGAUCCCGCUUCAGUGGAUGAACUGCUGACAAACCUCAUCAAGGGAAACCUGCUGCCCUCUGCGCACAUCUGGAUCACCUCCAGGCCCGCAGCUGCAAAUCGCAUUCCAGUCGAUCUUGUUGAUCGUGUGACAGAGAUUCAAGGCUUCAACAACCCCCAGAAAGAAGAGUACUUCAGGAAAAAAAUCUCUGAUCAAAACAUGGCCAGUAGAGUCAUCUCACACAUUAAGUCAACCAGGAGCCUCCAUAUCAUGUGUCACAUACCAGUCUUCAGCUGGAUAUCUGCCACCGUUCUGCAGAAGAUUUUGGAAGAAACAGAGGAGGAGGAGGCAGGCAGAAGAGAAAUGCCAAACACUCUGACACAAAUGUACACAAACUUUCUGUUGUACAACUCGCUGACCAGAAUUCGCAAGUACUCAGAAGGUGAAGAGGCAUGUGCAACUCAAUCCCAGGUCAACAUGGAUGAAGAGGUGAUCUUGAAGCUUGGAAAACUGGCCUUUGAGCACCUGAUGAAAGGCAACAUGAUCUUCUAUGAGAGUGAAUUGCAUGAGCAUGAUAUUGAUGUCAAUGAUGCUGCGAUAUAUUCAGGAAUCUUUACUCAGAUCUCAGAGAAUGAUUCUGAAUUUCAUCUGGAGAGGGUCUACUGCUUCGUGCAUCUCAGCAUACAGGAGUUUUUUGCUGCAAUGUACAUUCUUCACACAUUCAUCUGCUGCAAGCAGAACUUGCUGGAGCCACAAGACACCAACACCACCCAGGAUGCUCCCAGUGGUGUAACCAGUCUCCUCAGGAGCGCCGUGGAUAAGGCCCUGCAGAGUGAGAACGGACACCUGGAUCUUUUCCUGCGCUUCCUUCUUGGCCUCUCACAGACAUCUAAUCAGACUUUGUUGAAGAGAGUACUGACCACAAUGAAGAUCAGUUCACAAAGAAAUGAGGAGAUUGUGGAGUACAUCAAAGAGAAGAUCAGGGAAAAUCCAUCCCCAGAAAGAUGUAUCAACCUCUUCCACUGCCUCAGUGAGCUCAAUGAUCAGUCUCUUUUGGAGGAAAUCCAAAACUACCUGAGCUCUGGCAGUUUAUCAGAGACCAAGCUGUCAUCUUCACAGUGGUCUGCUCUGGUCUUUGUGUUGCUGACCUCAGAGGAAGAGCUGCAUGAGUUUGAUCUGAGGAAAUAUUCAAGAUCAGAAGAGGGUCUUCUGAGACUGUUACCAGUGAUCAAAGAAUCCAGAGUAGCCCUGCUUAAAGAAUGCAACCUUGCAGAUAAAUGCUGUGAUGCACUUGCAGCUGUUCUAAGCAAUGCAUGUCUGAAGGAGCUGGACCUAAGUGACAAUGAUCUGAAAGACUCAGGUGUAGAACUGCUCUCUGCUGGACUUGCAAGUCCAUCAUGUCAACUGGAAAAACUAAGUCUUCCCUUCUGUGGAAUCACAGAGAUUGGUUGUGGAUUUUUGGCUAAAGCUCUCAGGUCUAACCCAACCCACUUGAAAGAGCUGGAUCUGAGUUACAAUCAUCCAGGGCAACUGGGAAUGGAGCUGCUGUCGUCUCUACGGCAAGACAUUGAACACCUCACUAUCAGCUUGGGUAGCAAUGCAGAGUGUUACUUAAAAUCAUCUCUGAAGAAAUAUGCGUGUGAGCUUACCAUGGACAUAAACACGGCCCAUUUACUGCUGGCUUUUUCUGAAGACAACAAAAAAAUGACACGAAUGAAAACGCCUCAGCUGUAUCGUGACAGCCCUGACAGAUUUACAGACUGGGGACAAGUGCUAUGUAAAGAGAGUCUGUCUGCUCGUUGCUACUGGGAGGCCGAGUGGACUGGAGAAUGGACAGGUAUAGGAGUGGCUUACAAAGGAAUCAGCAGGAAAGCAAAAGGUAAUGAUUGUGUCCUAGGCUACAAUGACAAGUCUUGGAGUCUGCGCUACUGUCAAGGCGAAUACACUGCCGGGUACAAUAAGGGUAUUGCAAGCACACCUGUCCCAUACUUCAAUUCCAAAAAGGUUGGAGUGUUUCUAGACUGGUCAGCUGGCAUCCUGUCCUUCUACGCUGUAUCAUCAAACACCAUGACUCACCUGCAUACCUUCCACACUGAAUUCACUGAGCCAGUUUAUGCAGGCUUUAGACUGGCAAAUGAUGAUACUUCAUUGGCUCUGUGCCAGCCAGAAUACCCAUAAAUACCCCUAAUUCAUAUUCCUUCAUUCUGUUCAUAAAACAUGUACAUAGAAUAAAGGCUGAACAUAAAGAGAUUUCAGAUGGUCUUGCUUGGCUUCUGAAAUGCUAUUUCAAACUAUAUCAACAGUAAAUUCCUUUCAAUACAGUAAUUAUUACCAUCAAGUUACAGUUUUCUAUCAGAAAUAGCUCUAAUCUAGCUUGAGUACCUCUACCGCUGCUCUUUAGGGGCAUCUAAGCUCUUAACCCUGUCCUCUAGGGGGUGAGCCUGAACAACCUGAAAAACAGAAAAAAGACACCCAGAAACACAUUAUCUAGAGUCCAUACUGGUGUACAUAGUUGUCAGCUGAGUUGUGGUUGAAAGUUUUUGAGGAAAAUCAAGUGAGUGUACUUUGUUAUAAGACUUUUUUUGGUCAAAUAUUGGUUAUUAUUGUUUAUAAGUGUAUAUCGAUAUGUGUUCCAGCGGUUUGAAUAUCUUCCCUGGAAAGUCUGUUUUUUAUCUGUACAAGACAAAUGAUAGAAAAUGUUACAA